UGAAUCUGCCAAAAAAAAAAGACGUUUCCUUUGGUGCUCUGUCCUCUGUCUUCUGUCCGGGUUUUAGAUGAGGUAUAGGAUUCGAUGAGUCUGCGCAAUCUCUGAUGCAUGUACUUCGCCUUUGCUCUCGUGGUGGAGAUUACGAUUCUGAUUCUGGAUUGACGAGUGCACGAAUCUUUGAUGGUUCUUGCGCCGGCGGCGAUCAAUCUGGGAAUGGGGCAUCGGAUUGUGAUAAAAAUCCUGUCUUUGUGUCUUCUACUCGCCGCCUUAUUCGCGGCCGCCGCCCGCGGCGCCACCGACCCCGGCGACUACGCGAUACUCGACAAGUUCCGCAAGGGUUUAUCCAACGCGGAGCUCCUCGAGUGGCCCGAUGACAACCAGGACCCGUGCGGCGAGCCGAGGUGGCGCUACGUCUUCUGCUCCGGCAACCGCGUCACGCAGAUCCAAUCCAAGGGCCUGGGCUUGAUCGGCUCUCUCCCUGAGGAUUUCAACAAGCUCACCAUGCUCGAGAACAUCGGCCUCCAGAGCAACCAACUGAAGGGGCCUCUGCCCUCCUUCAAAGGGCUGUCCAAGCUCAAGUUCGCCUACCUCGACUUCAACCAGUUCGACUCCAUUCCGGCGGACUUCUUCGACGGCCUCGAUAAUUUGCAAGUGAUAAAUUUGGACAAGAACCCCUUGAACGCGAACACAGGGUGGAUGCUUCCGCCGGCCCUGGCCAAUUCGGCUCUGCUCACCAACUUGUCCGCGUCGACUUGCAAUCUCGUCGGACCGCUUCCCGAUUUCCUCGGCAACCUGCACUCCUUGCGCCUCCUCGAGCUGUCGUCCAACAGCCUCACCGGCAAGAUUCCGGCGAGCUUCUCCGACCUGCCGUUGAACACCCUGUGGCUCGACAACAACAAGCUGGUCGGACAAGUUCCCGCCGGUUUGGCGAGUUCGCCGCAGCUACAAUCGUUGCAUUUGGACAACAACGCUUUCAUGGGGCCGAUCCCAAAGGUGACCUUCGAUGAUUUCACAUUCUCCGACAACUCAUUUUGCCAGUCCGUGCCUGGAAUUCCUUGCCCGCCGGAGGUGUCCGCACUCUUGGAUUUCCUCGACGGCGUUGGGUACCCGCAGAAACUCAUGGUCUCCUGGUCCGGCAACAAUUCUUGUACUGCUCUGGGGAUAACUUGCGCCGGCGGCAAGGCUACUGUAAUCAACCUGCCCAAUUAUCAUUUGAAUGGCACCAUCAGCCCAUCACUGGGGAACUUGGAUGCGCUCACUGAGAUUUUUCUCCAAGGCAACAAUCUCACCGGCACGAUCCCCUCAAGCUUGACGAAGUUAAAAUCGUUGAAGUUGUUAAAUCUUUCUUCCAAUAGUAUUUCACCUCCUUUUCCAAAGUUCUCCAAUGCAGUGACAGUCAUUCUCGAUGGAAAUACACCACCAGCUAAUAGCAGUAGUGACUCAUCGGAUACAUCUGGCUCUUCAGGCGGUUCAUCUUCUUCCAAGUCGAAGACUUUGGUCAUCGUUAUUCCCAUCGUAAUUGUGGUUAUUGUCAUCGUGCUUGCUACUCUGUUUCUCUUCUACUGUAAAAGAUGGAAAAAGAAAAGCUCUCGGCCAGUUAGCAUAGUUGUUCAUCCUAGGGAUUCCUCUGAUCCACAUGGACAGGUUAAAAUCACAGUUGCAAAUAGCCGCGACAACAGAAGGGCAGCUGGUAGCGGGCAUCUUAGUUUGAAUAAUAGUGAAGGAUCAGACGCACAAGUAAUUGAAGCAGGAAACUUGGUAAUAUCGAUCCAGGUUCUUCGUGAUGCUACUAGAAACUUUGCCCCAGAGAACGAGCUUGGCCGUGGAGGAUUUGGAGUCGUGUACAAGGGAGAGUUGAGCGAUGGAACUAACAUUGCAGUUAAAAGAACCGAAUCUCUAGCGCUCAGUAAUAAAGCUUGGGAUGAAUUCAAAGCUGAAAUCGCCGUUCUUUCGAGGGUCCGCCACCGUCAUCUGGUAUCAAUAUUAGGCUACUCUAUGGAGGAGAAUGAAAAGCUUCUUGUGUACGAGUACAUGCCACAAGGGGCUUUGAGCAAGCAUCUUUUCUAUUGGAAAGAGGAGAGAUUGCAGCCUUUGUCGUGGAAGCAUCGGCUACACAUUGCAUUGGAUGUUGCUCGGGGACUCGAAUAUCUUCAUAGAUUUGCUAAUGAAUGUUUUAUUCACAGGGAUUUCAAGUCGUCUAAUAUACUUCUCGGCGACGAUUAUAGAGCUAAAAUUUCAGAUUUUGGACUGGCCAAACUCGCUCCUGAUGGGAAACAUUCUCUCGCCACUAAACUUGCUGGAACUUUUGGGUAUUUAGCUCCGGAGUAUGCUGCAACUGGGAAGGUUUCUGUAAAGGUGGAUGUGUUCAGUUUCGGGGUGGUGCUGAUGGAGCUAGUGACUGGUUUGAAGGCUCUGGAUGGGAGUCGGCCGGAAGAAAGACACUACUUAUUGACUUGGUUCUGCCAAAUGGAGAAGGAGGAUUUGAAGGCCAUCAUCGACUCAACGCUCACGGUCGCCGAUGAUACCUUCGAUAGCAUUUGCACGGUUGCAGGAUUGGCAGUUCAGUGCGCUGCGCGAGACCCCGGGCAGCGGCCGGACAUGUGCUAUGCGGUGGGUGUGCUUGCGCCGCUCGUUGAGAAAUGGAAGCUUGCCUAUCGCAACGAGGAGGAUUGUCUGGGAGUUGAUAUGUCGAAGCCUCUUCUUCAGAUGGUGAUGGGAUGGGAAGCAUCUGAUGGAAAUUCCGAUUCGAGCUUAACCAUCAAUGACAACAGCAAGGAAAGCAUCCCUACUGGUGUCGCAACAUCUUUUGCGUUAUCUGGCAGGUAAAGGAAAAGCAGUCUCGUGUUUGGAUUUGGUAAUGUAAGAAUUUCGGUAGUUUUUGAUAUCAUGGUUCCUUGUUAGGUGAUUUGGAAGACAUUUGGGAUUAAAGUUUUGAUUUAUAAUAAGAUGUUUGAAAUAACAUUUUGUUG